GCAGCGUGGGAUAAGAGUGGCAUUUUCUUGUCCAAAGAUAAUUACCUCAGUCUGGUAAAUGACAAUCAAAGCCUCAAAAAUCGUAUCGAAGAAUUGCAAAUAACGGUUCGGACUCAGGAAGAGAUGCGGGAAAAGGACCGUCGCGUGAUUGAAGCAUACAAGACGUCUCAACGAUCAAUGGCUCUGGAUUUCGAGGCAAAAACCGAAGAAUUCAAGGCCGUUCAGACGUCAUUCAGCCAGUCAGCUCAAGUCCUAAUGAACACGUUCAUGGAAGACAAGGUCAAGGAACUUGCAGACGGUCAAAAGUACGUUGAGGAUAAUCUGAACAA